UUGAAAUAACGUUGGCUGCGAAAGACCAAUCGACAGGGGAAACAAUGGCCAUAGAAUCAUCUGCUCAUAAUUCCCCGCCUUGCACACCGGGAAUUGUUGCCAGUACUUCCGUAUCUGAAGCACAACAAUGCAUGUCACUGUAUUUUGCCCUAUGUACAAAGAAACAUACUCUUCUUCGUCAAAUAUUUAUCAUAUAUAAAAGCUCACCAGAGUCAGCGAAACAGGCAAUUCAUAGCCAGAUGCCUAUUCUUAUUCGGACAAUGGGUGCAUCACCACCUCUUCUUGAGAUUAUCUCUGAUCCACCUGAUGGAAGUGAGAACCUUCUGAUGCAGGUUUUGCAUACUCUUACAGAUGGCAGGGUUCCAUCUGCAGAAUUGAUAUUUACUAUUAAAAAACUUUAUGAGACAAAGAUAAAGGAUAUAGAGAUUCUGUUUCCAAUAUUGCCCUUUCUACCAAAAGAGGAGGUGUUGAGGGUCUUCCCUCAUGCUGUUAAUCUCCCCAAGACAAGUUCCAGACUGCUCUUGCACGCUUGCUGCAGGGUUCGACUCCUAAUCCUGUGCUAACUCCAUCAGAAGUGUUAAUUGCCAUCCACAGCAUAGAUCCUGAUAAAGAUGGAAUUCCUUUGAAGAAGGUGACUGAUGCAUGUAAUGCUUGCUUUGAGCAAAGACAACUGUUCACACAGCAAGUAAUUGCCAAGGUUCUGAAUCAGCUGGUUGAACAGAUUCCUCUUCCAUUGUUGUUCAUGAGAACAGUACUACAAGCAAUCGGUGCUUUUCCAGCUUUGGUAAGAGGGAUAUUUUUUUUCUUCUGCAUGCUG